CAGAGCUAUCACUGCACUCCGUGCAGGCUGCAGACCAUGAAGCUUCUCCUUUUAAUGAGUCUCCUGCUCUACAACUCCAUACAUACAGCUCAGACAGUAAUAUUCAGUCAAAGUGAAACAGAGGGGAGAGACGUCAGCCUGGUCUGUGUAAAUGCGAGUAAAGUGAUCUGGAGUAAAGGCACUGAUGGAGGAAGAUCAGCCAUCCUUAGUGCAGAAAGUGGAGAAAUCACCCAGAAACACAGACCUGAUCCAGAAAACAGAUACAGUGUAUUAACUGAUUCAUCACUGGUGAUAAAGAGCGUUUCUCUCUCUGACUCUGGGAUUUACUACUGUAACUCUGCUCCUGUAGUGAAUCUGACUGUGAAUCCUGCAGCCAGCACAGCUUCACCUACGACAACAGGAGCAAGUCCAAGCUCUUCCACAAAAGAUUAUAUUAUUGCUACUGCUGUGCUGGUCGGGGUGCUGCUGAUAGUUUUGGCUCUGUUUCUACAGAGACGCUACUGCAAAAGGGAAGCUGCCAAUGUCACCAAGGCUGAUCAUGUUUGCGAAACCAUAAAUGACGCUGCGCCGACCACACAGCCUGCAUCUGCCCCUCCAAAGGAAGGUGAAGACCUUUACAUGCUGGCAGGUGAUCCAGACAUCAUAAAACUGGGCUUGAAGAACCAAAGUGCAGCUUCCCCUUUAGUACCACAAGUUCAGUUCACUGAGAACAACCCGAGUGAGCCGCUCUAUUCCACCAUCUCCAAGAAGUCAACACGUGUGGAAUGAACACAUGACUGCCUUGCAGAUCCAUGCAAAAUAAUAC